CCCUCGUCUUGCUUCUCCUAAGAACAUUUUUUUCCCUUUCUUUUAGAACCAAUAAUUAUAAAAGAAAAGUAAAAUCUUCCUGCAAGCUGGUAAGGUAUAUAUAAGCCAUAGAAGAGUCAGCCAAUUUUGCUGCACUUGCUUCAACUAGAAGAGUUUAAAUCUCCUGUUGUUUUUUUUUUUUUUACCAAAGGGUUUCUUUCUUUUCUUACUUUUUUUUUUAUUAAAAAAAAAAAAAAAAAAAAAAAAAAAAAACUUGAUAUAUAUUUGCAAGUUCUCUCUAUAUAUUUCUCUUAGUUUUUUUUCUUCUCCUCCAUAUAAGCUAAGGCUCUGAAAACCUAUUGAGUCUUUCUGCCACAUUCUUUGCUAACUAUAUUAGCUAAUUACACAAAUGCAACCAAGAUCAUCAUCUCAACUUCUUGGAUUGGUUUUUAUCUUUAGGUGAACUCUUUCCUUGGAAAAAAAAAAUAUAAAUAAACAAGGAAAAAAAAGGUUGUAGCAGUGAUCAUCAUGAGUGGAAGUGGCAUGGCCUUCUUCCCUACAAAUUUUAUGCUUCAAACUCCAAGUGAAGAAGAUCAACAUCAUCAUCAUCAUCAUCAUCAUAACCCUCAUCAUCACCCUCCAACCUCUCUGAAUCAGAUCAAUCUACCACCCUGCACACCUCAAGAAUUUCAUGGAGUGGCAUCGUUUCUAGGUAAGAGAUCGGUAUCGUUUUCGGGUAUCGAGCUAGGAGAAGAAGGCAAUGGAGGAGAAGAUGAUUUAUCCGAUGAUGGAUCUCAAGCAGGGGAAAAGAAGAGGAGACUUAAUAUGGAACAGGUUAAGACACUUGAGAAGAACUUUGAAUUGGGGAAUAAGCUUGAGCCAGAAAGGAAAAUGCAGCUAGCUAGAGCUCUUGGUCUGCAACCAAGACAAAUUGCUAUUUGGUUUCAGAAUAGGAGAGCUAGGUGGAAGACUAAACAGCUUGAGAAAGAUUACGAUCUUCUUAAGAGACAAUUUGAAGCUAUCAAAGCUGAUAAUGAUGUUCUUCAAGCUCAGAACCACAAACUUCAAGCAGAGAUAUCGGCUCUAAAAAAUAGAGAGCCAACUGAAUCAAUCAAUCUUAAUAAAGAAACAGAUCAAGGGUCUUGCAGCAACAGAAGUGAGAAUAGCUCUGAUAUUAAGUUGGAUAUCUCAAGAACACCAGCAGCAAUAGACAGCCCACUUUCGAGUCAUCCAAGGGCUCUUUUUCCAACCUCCAUCAGGCCCAAUUCAGGUCAUCAUGUGGCUCAGCUCUUUCAGACCUCGUCUUCAGCAAGAUCAUCAGAUCAACAACUCCAAUAUCAGAAGAAUGAUCAUCAUCAUCAUCAUGUGGUCAAAGAAGAGAGCUUAAGUAAUAUGUUUUGUGCUAUUGAUGACCAAUCUGGGUUUUGGCCAUGGUUGGAACAUCAACAGUUUAAUUAACUUAAGUGGUCGAGAGAGACUCUUUCAAAGAAAAGAAAAACAAAAAUAAACAACAAAGAAAAAGUACAUUUUUUAAAGAGUCGGUCAAAUAUAUAUUGGGUUAACCAAUAUAUGUUACACCACAACCGUGAAUGUGCUAUCAAGGUGAUAUAAAAGAUGAUCGAUCAAUACUGCGACCAACUGCCAUAUCUGUAAUUAAUUAAGUUCGAUAUGUCCAUGUUUUUGGGUACUUGGCCGGGAGAGUGUUGUUGCAUGUAUAAAGUAGAUAUAUAUAUUAUUAUAUCAUCACCAUCAAGUUUUACUAGCAGCUACUUGAGUUUUCUUUCUUUAUUUUUUUUUUCCUGAUUACAUCUUUAUUGGAGGAUUAAUAAAGGGUUUUGUUUUUGAA